CGAGGACACAAAUCGCAAUCCUAGCUGUUCUCCAGGAUGUCGAUUGCUUAGAGCUACAGCAGAGAUCUGCGAAUCAAUAUGGCCCUUCGCCAGAACGGAUAUUCAUUUCAGUGCUGCUUUGAAUCCUCCAUGUGGAUUUCAGUGGCCACAGAGACAGGACUGCGACGUGGACAGGUUAAUAGUAAGAACUUGCUGUCGUGUCUGGUUUCUUUUAUCUUUAGCUGCGGAUUUGCGUGAUGGUGUUUUUGAGGCUGCGGACUGACUAUCUUCUAUCUUAGCUUAGCAGAAUACUCGUGUACAUAAAUGCACUGAUACAUUUUCAAGAAGCCAACCAAGAUGAUUUCCCAAUUGCCUUCAGAGAUCAUAUAUCAUAUUGCAGCAUACCUGCCAGCUCUGAGUACUUUGCUUUCGCUUGCACGAACCUGCCGCCGCCUUUAUAAGAUUAUACUCGUCGAGGACUCGCAUGUGUUUCGGCACUUUGUGAAGAACAACUUUCCAUCUAUUGAAACCCCAGCCUAUUGGAAAGAUGCGGCGGUGGCUCUCACCUCACGCUCUCGAGCCUUGGAUAGGCAUGCGUUGAUUGGACGGUUCGUCGUUCCACCUCGAGAUGCAGCUAAGGUUGGAUCACAUCAAUCCACCAGGCGUGACAAUCCUACCAUUGGAUAUCGCCCGGCGAUAGAUUCAUACGAAGUCUGGAAUGGUGAGAAAUGGGCAGAUCGAAAAGAAGUACUUGCCUGGGGUGCUGGUGAUGAAGUAAUGAUGCGGAUCAAGCAGCUCGGUUCGCGCAAGCAGGAAAAGUGGCUCGUCUUCAACGAUCUGGAUCAUAUCAGUAGUUAUGAUGACAUCUGCGGACUUCGCCUACUCAGGCCUGAGCAACACGGCAAAGAAGCUGAUCGGGAGCAUUUAAUAUUUGGCCGCAUUCGCGGUGAUCUUGUUCAUAUUGUGAUUUCACCGGAUGAGGCAACGUACGAAUAUAAGCAGAAGUUCGCGACCCACGGAUUCAGCAUCGAUCGCAUGGAUCUCAGCCGGGGUUCGGAACCGGUACUCGCUGCUCAUCUUGAUAGUGACUCCAUUGCAUUGUAUCACACGGCCUCGGAAGAGACGGAGGUGCAACCGUUUGUCCAUAUUCCCGUUGUCACAGCGGGGGCAACGCGCGCCAAAUACUCUGGCUUUCUGUCAUCUCACCGGCUAGCAGUGGGCACGGGAGGCUUGGGUAAUUCCCUAUCUGUCUUUACCAUUCUUCCAGAAAGAGUGUCCAUAUGUCGUGAGAUUGGAGUAGAUGAGUUGGAUAUCGAAAACCGAAACGGUAUCGCUCAGAAAGCCCAUGUCACCGCAAUCGCUCCUCUCAAAAUGCAAGGUGUUGAGGAAUCUUCGGGGGAUGUAUUUCUCGCAGGUUGGGGUGAUCGCGAAGUCAGACUCCAUGAUCUCCGCUCGAACAGGCCAUACGAAUCAACAUACAGAGACUCAACGGAUGACAACCCGGUAUACAGCAUCCAGCCAUUCAGCCAGGACCGCUUCCUUGUCGGGGUUGGAGCAGACGCAGUGCUAAAGAUAUUCGACCUCCGAAUGCAAAGCAAUUACAGUUACCUAAAUGCAAAGAUUCCUCAUGCUCGAAAUAGCACCAAACCCGAUGCCAACAGAUACGACUCAACUGCUCCCUCAACCUAUCUCCGUAAGGAUUUCUCCCUCUUCCUUUCGCACCGACCCCCAAAAGUCGUCAGCAAUGGCCGUCGACAUUUCAACUCAACCCGUUCCUACCGCGGCGCAAUAUACGCCCUAUCAACACCAUCCCCAUCAUCUCCGACUGUCUACGCGGGGAUUUCGGACGGUGUCUUCCGUCUCGACUUCGCAUCUACAGAUGAUUUAACCGGAUCUUGUCGCAGCUGGUUUGACGAGAUUCUUUCGUUGGAUAUCAACAUGGACGGCAAGUCUAGAGAUAGGGUCCUUGAAAUGUCGGGGUAUGAAAGACCGGAUCCCGAUGAUUUCACGACCGUCUCGAGGUUGAGGACCCAGAGGCCAUUCUGGUCCCUGGCGCUUGAUGAGGAGGAAUAUAAAUAUGAACAGAGGACUGGUUGGGAUAGGAGAUGGAUGUGACUGGACAAGAGACAAUAAUGCUAAAUCGUCCAUGAUGCAGAAUGGUCGGAAUAUCCGUAAGUAGAUAUCUAAUAUACUCCAGACCUAGGUGGCUAGUCUUGGGUAUAGUUACGGAGUACAUAUAGAUAGAAUAAUCACAACCUGCAUUUACAUA